CUCCCGGAUGGCCUGAGGCAGGGAUCGAGGAGGAGUCUGCGGGUUUCUAUCAGUCAGCAAAUACGAAAAGGGAACAGCCCAGCACUGAACAGGUCUCGUGCAGUGAAAACAGCUUUGAAGUCAGAGGACCUGGGCUCCAAUCCAGCCUCCGCCACCGCCUGUGGGACCUCGGAAAAGUCACUCGACCUCUCUGGGCCUUCUCUCUGGUUUCUUCAUCUGUACAAAAAGGCUGGGUUAACCAGAGGGCGCCGAAAGCCCAGUCUCGCUCAAAAUUUAUGACACCGCGACCUACCCGGACCGGUCACAAAACUCCCUCCAGGAAAAGAAAGGAAGCCAAAAGCAGCUGCACAGCGCGCCCACAAAAGAUCUCCAAAAUGAGAAACACAAGCAAGGACCUUACUCUACCUACCAGUCGCUAUGCCCCUUGUGAUUGGUAUUACCAUCUUCCAUUGAAAAGAUCUGAGAAGUCCUCAGAAACUGCACUUCCUCCAACAUCCCAGAUUCCAGGCCUGAGUGAACUUGCAGAGCCACAUAAUGAGAUUACGUUUGGCUCCCGAAGAAAUUGGAUAAAAGACACUGACUCGGAAUACGUCAAACUUGCGAAACAAGGCGGCAGACCUGAUUUAUUGAAACAUUAUGCCUCUGGUUCAAGAAAAGGAUCUCCUGUUGCAUAUUCUAUGCCUGAAUGGUAUACUCAUCACAGUAAACCACCAACUGCUGAACAGAAAGAAAUACAUGUAUCUUCCAUGCCAGAGUAUAUGGUUUAUGAAGAGUUUAACCCUGAUCAGGCCAAUGGUAACUAUGAAUCCAAAAGGGGGCCUUUUGAUUUUGAUAUGAAAACAGUUUGGCAGAGGGAAGCUGAGGAGCAUGAAAAGGAGAAAAAAAAGGUGAAACUGCCAGCAAUUAACUCAAGGUAUGCAAGCAGGGCAGGAUCUGUUGCUGGUUCCAAAGAUAAUGCAAGGAAUAGAUUUUCGUUUCCUCCUAUGCCGGGUCACAAAAACAAUGAACCAACGAACUUCACCAAACUAAUUAGCAAUGGUUAUAAGGAUGAGUGGUUACAGCAUCGUGGAGAUACAGGAAAAAAAUCUCCACCAACAUCUAAAAUUUCAGAGGCAUCUGCGUUAUCUGUGACUACUCCAUUGCAUCAAGAUUCAGAGGUUCCAGAAAGUGCUGAGAAACCCCAAGAUACAUCAUUAUCUGAGUCUGGAGAAACACCAAAGGAACUCAAAUGAAAUCUAUAGCUAAUAUUUUAGAUAUUUUUUAAAAUGCAAAAUGUAAUGAUACUGUGAGCAACUAUAUUUAUAAAACUUUUAUUAUUGCCUUAUAUUGAACUAGAUUUUUAAGAGAUUAUCUAUCUUGCAGUGCAAUUUUACAUUCCUGCAGUAUAGAUCAUGUAUUUUUCUUACUUUGUUUCAUUUUUCUGGAUGGUAACAUAAAGGUCAAGAAAUUAAACUAGGACCUUUUUGUUACCUCUUUUUCUGCUGAACUGGUGAUUUCCCCACAUCAUUGAUACCAAUUAUUUUUUCCCCUGAAUAAUACAAUAGGACAUAUCAGCUAUUGCUCGAACUACUAUUUGGUGGCAUUUCUGCUGAAAUAGACUGUUGAGACUCUAAUAGCCUAUAAGUUAUAGUAUUGAAAGUAAAACGAUCUUAAUAAAACAAGUAUAAGAUGAUA